UUUGUAUAAAUGACAAUCUAUUUAGUUUGGAUUGACUAAAAAUGUAAGAUCAUUUAGCAGCCGAUGUAUAAGUAAUAUUUAUUAUUAUUAUUAUUAUGGAUUUUGUUAUGUUAAGUUUUGCACUUGCAUCAAAAACAAUCCACUUUCUACUAAUGUUUUUGUAUUUUGUGUUGUCUCAUUCUUGCACACACGGACUGAGGCUUUUGGAAGUAUGCAGCUUUUAAAAAAAAAAUAAAUAAAUAAAAUGAUGAAGGGAGAAUAAAUGGAUGAUCUCACCUGAAGGGGGCGACGUGAGCCCGUGUUGACAUGGGCGUUGGGUCUCCUCUCUCCUCUCCUGUCUUCUCUCGUCCCUGUUUUCCAGCGAUGGUGCAGACUGUAUCCUCCUCAUCGUGCCUAAACCUGGACGUGUCCCUUCUGCUGCUGCUUCUUCGUGUCUUCACUGACGAGCUCAGCGGAUUACCUGAAUCUGAACGGAUAAGGACCCCAGGUUUCAAGAAGAUUCAUCCUCCAAAUUAGACAUGAUAUUAGACAUUAUGACAACUGGCAUGCCGGAAAGAAAUGUGAAAAUCAAUUCUAGGCUACUGCUGUGCCAUUAAGAGUCUUUGAUGAAUAGACAGACUUUUUUGUAAUUGAUGCCAUGGAUAAUUGAUUUUGAAAGUGCUCUUGGGGGAGCUGUAAACUCAGAGCUAUUUCCAAAAUGAGUGAGCGAGGAGAGACUUUUGGUGACGGGGAAGUAAGGAAUAACAACCAGCAGGGUGGCGUGCUGGCUGACGGUGAUGCCAACGCCAAUGAAAUCCAGACAGAGGAUGGCGGGAUGGCGGGCGAUACUGGCACUCUGUCUGGACUGAUGACUGAAACGGCACAGCAGGACAAAUUCAUCAUCUGGGGUACAGACUCCCAGUGUGACGACCCCGAUCUGGCUGAGUUUGAGAUGCUGGAGUGUCGGGAGCUGGAGGCGUACCUGGUUGAGGAUGGAGAGGACAUUGUGGGGCUUGUAGACCGUAAACAGCGGUCUUCAUGCAGCAAAGCUACAGUGGAACAAGUAACGGAUAUUAAGAGCAGGGAAGAGAGAAAGUCUGUUCAGCAUUGCGCCAGUGAGCAGGAAUCCAGUGCCUCUCAUGUCUCUGAGAGCAGAGAGGCGUCCAGGACUGAGUUUAGCUCAGAAACUGAUGUUUUUGUAACCUGUCUGUCCAGCAUUUCAAGCAUGGACACUGCUAUGGACACUGCUGGCAGGACGCAGACUACAGACUCCUGGAACAUGGCCUCUGGUCCUUACUCAACCAUCUCAGAAGACUUGACUCUGGUCUCCCUGAAUGGCAACACCAUCACUGAGAGCGGCAAGGCCUCUCAAAAAGCUGAUCAUCCUUCCCUCUCCUCUGGAAAAAGCACAAUACACAGGGCUGAUGUGGACAUGAAUUUGAAUUCAACAGUUCACUCAGAGGAUGUGGUAUUACAGGCACAAGUGGGCAAUGGAGUUGAUCUGUGUGAGGGUGUCAUUGAUGAGCACAGGACGAACAAAAACCAGAUAAAUAAAGCAGGGAAUACCAUUUCAGAGGGAGAAUGUUAUCGAUGGAGAAGUACAGAGCACAAAGGUUCACAUGCUGCUAAAACAUCUCAUGAAGAAAGCCCUAAAAAUGAUAAAAGCACACAAGCUGAUGAGGCCCCUGUUGUGAACUACAGCCUGCCAAAAACGGGUACUAAAGGGACUCAAUCAUCAAUUGAAUCCAAAGCCACAAAGAAUAAAGGAUCAUUUGAUAACUCGUUGAAAAAACAAAACUCCUUCGACAAGAGUUUCAAAAAGCAGCCAUUGUUUGAUAAUACUUUAAAGAAGCAGCUUUCCUUUGAUAACACCUUAAAAAAGCAGGGCUCCUUUGAGAAAACCGUCACCUCCAGCACUUCAAGUCUGGAGAGGAGGAAGCCAUGGGGAAGUCCCAGUCGAACAGCCACUCCUAAUUCCCCUAAAACAACCUCCUGUUCCCCCAAGAGACGACCACCUGGUUCUCCAGCCAAGGUCCAGAGCAUCAGGGCACUGAGCUUGGAGCGCAGUGACUCCCCUCAGAGAGGUUUAAGCCAAACAGUCAGACCACCAAGUAAGACAAGUUUGAACAGUUGCAUACCCAAACCUGUCACGUCUCAGCAGAAAGAGCCUGAACCCAGGAGGACUUCUCCUCCCCAGAAGCCUAAAAAUGUCCGACCAAAAAUCAUCACCUAUGUUCGUAAGAAUCCUCAAGCAAAACCACAAGGGACAGAUGCCCCACUCGAAGCCUCUGCACUCCCACUGAGACUAUCUUCUUACUCCAGCCAACCGACUCAAAAAGAUCCACAGGUUGGUCCUCAACCUAAAUCCACACCGGUGCUAUGUUCCUCCAACCUGCUGUUUGACAAAUAUCGACAGGAGAUGCAGAAGGUGGGGUACUAUCCUCCGGGCAUGGCUGCGACUGGGAUGAAACCUCCAAGCAGCACCAUCCCUCAAAGGCUGAGUGGGAAGUCGGGCAGUUUCCAUGAGGAAAUGUCUGAGAAAUAUCUCCAAGAGCAUGUUUCCCAAGAAGGAGGCAGUGUCUACCGCUCACCCAGAGCUCUGAGGCCUCAGCUGGGGUUGGGGGCAGUCACCAGGCAACCUGCAGCCAAGACAAGAGUUCAGCAGACAGGUCAAAGGUCAGCCCCAGUCCCAGGCCAGUCUGCUCAGGCAGUCGGAGCGUCCACCCAUGGCUACCCGGACCCUGCAGGAGAGCAAAAGAGGUCAGGAGAGAGAGGUCCAGAAACCGGCCCCAAGAGUGUCCUGCAUAAAUCAGGCCAGUCUGGUCUCCGUCCUCCAUGCUUCUCCGGCCUGCCAGCUGCCCGUAUGGCCACCUUCGGCUUCGCCCGGACCUCCAGCGUCUCCUCUGUGUCCAGCAACCAGUCUAGCGAAAGCUGUCACAGCGAUCCCUGCCGACCCUCUCAGCAUCCCGGCAAUGGCAGCGAUGACACACCUCUCCACAACGCCACAGCGCCCCCCAGUGAAGCCUCCCAUGCUCAGAGCAGGCCUCCCAAUGCCCCCAGCCUCCAGCGCCGCAGUCUGCCGCCGCAGCGCUGCUCCCCGCUUGCCUCUAGGAGAGAGAUACAGAGGGACAUAGGGGCUGCGGUGCCACCAAUGUCCUCACCUAAAAGAUUUGCAGUGGUUUCGCCCAAGCCACAGUCCCCCGUUCGUGGGCAGACAGCAGCAGCUGACAGAGCUGUUCAGACUGAGAGGGCCCAGGAGUUGGACCGGGUUCUGAUCCAGCAGUUGCGGGAACGCUGUGAGCAGCAGGACCUGCAGUUGCAGAGCCUUCAGGCCCAGUUAAAGAAGGCCUCCCUGUGCCUGGACGUUUUCAGCAUCACUACCCAGCACUUCUGUCAAAAGAGCGAGAGUGCCAUUGUGAAGGAGAGGGAACUGUCCCUGGAGCUCGCCAGAAUCAGGGAUGAAGUGGCUUUCAGUGUUGCACACUGGGAGCAACUGCAGCAGGAGAAGGAGGAACUGGAGCGUCGUUUUGAGGCCAAGCUGCAGGGAUUGCGGGCUCAACAGCAGAGGGAGCUGGGAGUGCUGGAGGAGCGGCUGAAGGCGCAGCACGUGGCCAAGGCCAAGAGCCUGCAGGCCCAACAACGAGCCGAGCUGGAGGAGCUUCGGGUCAAGCAGCAAGAGCAGAUUGAGGCGAUGAGUGAGAACCAUGAGGCUUCCUUGAUGGAGAUGGAGACAACUCACGAUGACACACUGGCCACUCUGCAGGAGGAGCACGCCAGGACCGUGAAGAAUCUGAAGAUGGCCCAUGAGCAGCAGACCAAGUCUCUGGGAGAAGAGUUUGAAAAGAUCAGACUUACACUGCAGGAUCAAGUGGACACGAUGACGUUUCAGAAUCGUAGCCUCAGAGAUCGAGCCAAGCGCUUUGAAGAAGCUCUGCGCAAGAGCACAGAUGAGCAAAUUCUGGAUGCUUUGGCACCAUACAAACACAUUGACGAGGACCUGAAAAGUCUGAAAGAAGUUCUGGAGAUGAAGAAUCAACAAAUUCACCAACAGGACCUGAAGAUCUCAGAACUGGAGAAAAUACAGGCUGAAAAGAAUGUGUACCUGGAGGAGAGAGUACAAGUGUUACAGCAGCAGAACGAGGACCUGAAGGAGAGAAUAGACAAGAACGUUGCUGUGUCCAGGCAACUCUCCGAAGAUAAUGCCAACCUGCACGUGAACGUGGAGAAGGAGAGCAAGGAGAAGAAGCGGCUGAGUCGCAAUAACGAGGAACUGCUGUGGCGUCUUCAGACAGGCGAGCUGAGUCCUCGUAUGUCCCCCAGCUCCUCCCCCCUCCAUCGGCCCCCCUCCGGACCAGGCUCUCCAGCCCGCCCACACUCCUACCAUCAAUGACACUCUCAAUGGAAGUUCUUGUAUCAAACGCUUCCUUUUUAUCUGGCAUCUGAAGCCCUGAUUUUUUUUAAACUCUUUGCUGAAUAUUACUAGGAUUUUACGCCGUGUAGAUGAACAGACACAUUUCUUGGCAAACGUCGAGUACCACCAAUACCGUGCAUUUCCAAAGCCAACCCCUCUGACCUGAAGAAUUGUAUUAAUGAUCACGCCUCAUAUUGUUCAGAAGGUAAUUCUCUGCCCUUUGUUUUCUCUAUUGCACCGGAACUCCCCACAAAACAGACGUGCUGCACUACUGCAGUGGAUGGAAGACCUGCUCAUUGUAGACUUCAGAGAGCAGGAUCGGAGUCACGGUGCCUCAUUUCAAUUUUUUCGCCUCACAUUCUACACCACUUUCUCAUGCAGCGCUCAGGAUGAGAGACAUAGCAAACAUCAAAAGUGCAACAACGAACACAAGAAGCGCCUUUGCCACCCAUUCUCUCUCACCAGCAACGUCUGUCAAGGCAGAGGCAAUAGCUUGAGUAAAAUCAUAAAACUAACUACAGCAAGUUACUCUCAAAGUGUGGAUUCUUCUCUGGGGAACGUUAACCUUUUCAUGCUGAAGCAUUUCCUAUAUCAGGAGUGUAUGAAUGACUAGCCACAUAACCUCAAUCAUCCAUCCGACGUUCUCCUGAAACAACUAGAUAUCAGUGUUGACAUGAAAUUACGACAACAUAAUUCAUAAAUCCAUCGAACUGCCAACACAGCAUAACUAUAGUAUUGACAAUUUUGUAAAAAACUGUACAUGUAUUGCUCUCUUUAAAGCAUGUUCUGUCUUCCAGUAAUGAAUUUAGUUUUAAGAUUACCUACAGUGUGACAAUGUGGAGCAGAAGGGUAAGGAGGCCACACAAGUUACCUCCUAUUCCUAACAGAACCGACCAGGAUUUAUUCAAACGAUACCAAGAAAAAUGUAAUUAUUAUAUAAUAGUAAUAAACAUUGCUGACUAAUCUCCCAGGUUUUUUAUGUGAGAUGGUGCCCUCUCACCUUCAGUCAGGUUAAGAAAAUAAAAUAGUUUUGUGCGGGAUCUGUAGAACACGGUCAUAUUUCUGGAUUUAAGCAAUGCAGAAUCUGCCAGAAUCUGCAGUCUAAAUGUAUUGACCUGUACACAUGUAAAUCCAACAUUUGGUCAUCGUGUUGCAUUUGCUCUUUCUUUAAGUGU